AUGCCGUCGUGGGGUAAGGUAGUGUUAAUAGCAGCACUGGUCGCGGUUGCGGUGGGAGUGGUGGUGGGUACGGUGACUUGGGCACUGAUGAGAAGCGACACGACGCCUCCAGAUAUUAUAGAAUUGGAUUGGUGGGAGCGAACCAUCAUAUAUCAGAUCUAUCCACGUUCGUUUAAAGACACUGAUGGCGAUGGAAUAGGCGAUUUAAGAGGUAUAACGAGUGAACUGGAACACUUCGUGGACGCGGGCGUCGGAGCGAUCUGGCUGUCGCCCAUCUUUGUCUCCCCUAUGGUGGACUUUGGGUAUGACAUCAGCGACUUCUACGACAUACACUACGAGUACGGCACCAUGGCUGACUUCGAGGAACUAAUUCGGCGAGCUCAACAACUUGGUAUCAAAGUGCUUUUGGACUACGUGCCGAACCACGCGAGCACGGAGUCAGAAUACUUUAAGAAAUCAGUAGCCAGGGAGCCAGGCUACGAGAACUUUUUCAUAUGGGCUGAUCCUAAGAUAGAUGCUAAUGGAAACCGCACCGUUCCUUCCAAUUGGAUCAGUCAGUUCGGUGGAAGCGUGUGGGAGUGGAAUGAGGGGCGGCAACAAUACUACUUGCACCAGUUUGCGGUGGAGCAGGCAGAUUUCAACUUCCGCGAGCCCGCCGUCAGGCAGGAGAUGAUUAACAUCAUGCAGUUUUGGAUAGAGAAGGGGGCGCACGGCUUCCGUUUGGACGCUCUUCCCCACCUCUUCGAAGCAGACCCCCGCGAUCACGGAGGUGUCUUCCCUGAUGAACCUCUAUCCGGGAACAUGUUCCUGACGGGUGAUCAGGUCGGAUACACUACACAGGAGUAUGUAAGAGAUCUGAUAGAGAUUUAUGAUGUUGUCUACGAAUGGAGAGAAUUUGCGGACAAGUGGCAAGAAGACAACGAUUCAGAAACUAUAGUGCUAUUAGCAGAAGCAUACGCAAAUAUUUCAAUGACUAUGCUGUACUACGGCGACGAACGCGGCCGCGUCGGCUGCCACUUCCCCUUCAAUUUUGACUUUAUCACAAGCCUCAAGGCCACCUCCAACGCCCGGGACUUCGUCUACGUCAUCAACCGCUGGCUCACCUACAUGCCGCACGGAAAUGUCGCCAAUUGGGUGUUUGGCAACCACGAUAAUAGCAGAGCACCAUCAAGGUUUAGGACUAUUAUGGUAGAUGGUCUAAAUGCACUAAAUUUGAUGCUCCCUGGAGUUGCUAUCACCUACCAGGGCGAGGAGAUAGGACAGAGGGAUGGGUACGUCAGCUGGAACGACACUGUUGACGUUAAUGCCAUCAACCAAGGCAACCCCGACAACUACCUGGAGUACUCGAGAGACCCGGCGCGCACGCCCUACCAUUGGAACAACUCUACCAACGCGGGAUUCACCACUGGGCCGACCACCUGGCUGCCAGUAGCUGAAGACUACAUGGAAAUAAAUCUGCAAGCGCAGAAAGAUGCCGAGCGGAGUCAUUACAAGGUAUACCAAUCUCUGAGUAGACUUCGCGGAAUGGCCUCACUCUCCCACGGCACCCACCACCUGGAGGCGCUGUCCGUCAACACAAUGGUGCUAGUGCGUCACCUCGCCACGUACAACACCUACGCCCUACUGUUCAAUGUGGGCACAGAGGAGGACACUGUCGAUUUGUCUAGAGUCACAUUUCUAGCAGAACCAAUUACCGUCUACGAAUCAAGCGUUUUCUCAAGGAGAAGAACGGGGGAUACGAUAUCACUUGGUGAGUUGAUUCUGCAGCCGGGGGAGGCGAUAGUGUUGCGCGCGCCUCCAACAUAACUCCAAC